AUGCUGCCGCUGCUCCGCCGCGCUUGGGCGGCCGCCGUCACCUCCUCCUCGUGCUCCUCGUCCUGCUCCCCACGGCGGGGCAGCCGCCGGUGCAGCCUCGGCGCCUGCUGCUCCUACCGCCUGCGAGACGCCCUGCAUCCGCUGUGGCAGAGCCCGCUGACAAUUCCCGGAGGCACCCGCCAGUCUCCCAUCAACAUCCAGUGGAGGGACAGUGUUUAUGAUCCCUUCCUGAAGCCUCUGAAAAUCAGCUAUGACCCCACCACCUGUCUUCACAUCUGGAACAAUGGCUACUCCUUCCUGGUGGAGUUUGAUGAUUCUACUGAUAAAUCAAUCAUCGUUGGAGGCCCCUUGGAAAACCAGUACAGGCUAAAGCAGUUCCACUUCCACUGGGGAGCUGUCAAUGACUGGGGCUCAGAGCACACAGUUGACUGUAAAUUUUACCCAGCUGAGCUGCAUUUGGUGCACUGGAAUGCUGUGGAGUACCCGAGUUUUGAGGAGGCUGUGAUGGAAGGGAAUGGUCUGGCUGUUAUUGGAGUGUUCUUAAAGCUGGGAGCACGGCACGAGGGGCUGCAGACCCUGGUGGAUGCCCUGCCAGCAGUCAGACACAAGGACACUGUGAUCGAGUUUGAUGUCUUUGAUCCCUCGUGCCUGCUCCCUGCCUGCCCGGAUUACUGGACCUAUGCGGGCUCCUUGACCACUCCCCCCCUCACCGAGUCAGUCACGUGGAUCAUUAAGAAGAAGCCGAUCGAGGUGGAUGAGGAUCAGCUGGAGGCCUUCAGGACGCUGCUGUUCACGUCGCACGGGGAGGAGGAGAGGAGGAUGGUGGACAACUUCCGCCCGCUGCAGCCGCUGAUGGACCGCACCGUGCGCUCGUCCUUCCGCCCCCAGCUCGGCCCGUAGCUGCCCCAGCCCUGCCCUUGCUGCCAUGCCCUUCC